GCCCCUUCAACCCCCCCCCCCUUCGCCGGGAUAGAACAGGGUCAGGCCCCAUGCACCGAUGUCGUGGUGCUUUGCGGGGCUGUUUGCGCCCAGCCAGGUGAAGAAGCCACGGAGUUACGGGAAGACACAGAGCGAUGGUUCAGGAAGCCCCUCCUGGGUGACCCUGCCCUUGCCGGUGUCCCAGAAGGUGCUCAAACUGUGGUUCCCCAUCUCCAGCUGCCAGCAGGGAACCCGUUUGGUCCUCUUUUGCCACUGCGGCAGCUUCGAUCUCUUGAGCCUGGAACAUUCUGGGUGCACUCGGCGUGAUUUGCUGAGCUUUUGCGAGGAGAAACUGGCAGAGCUGACUGUGAAGGAAGAGACGAAGAUCUCCUUGGUGGUCGAUUUGCUGCAUGUGAGCCUGCAGCAGUUGAACUCGCACUGGUGGAAGAUACUGGCGCCCCGAGUCUUGGACAUGGUGGAGGAUCGCUUCCCGCAGUUGGACGAGCUGAUCUUUGUACGCGCCAACCGGCUGUCCAGCCUAGCCGCAGAACGCGUGAUCGUGUCCACUCGCCUGCGGGCGUCGGUCCUCAGCGGCGACGAGAUCGCCGCUGAGGCGGCGCUGCAGUCCCGAGGUCUGGGCUUCGUCAGUGACUGCUUCUUCAGGGACCCUUCCAUCUCUGCGGUGGAGUUCGCGCAGAAGCGUCGGGAACAGCUGCGCCGCGUUCGGCGCUGGCGGCGCUGGAUCACCGGCCUGCUCGUGGCGAUUCUGGUCUUGCUUCUUGGCCAGAUCCUGGGUGUUUUGCCAGUUCGAGGCGCGGACUUUGACUGGGCUGGCCUGUGGCAAGUUGUCCGCGACUGGGAGAUGCUUCACCACGUGGUCGUGUCGCUGCUGCCACAGCUGCUGCUGUUGGGUUUCUUGCUGUGGCGCCCCAAGGGUGAAGCAGACACGGCCCAGAUGCUCGUCUUACUGAUCGGCAGCCCUUUGGCGUGGGCCAGCGCGUAUGCCGGCAAUGCCCCGGCUCCUUUGGCCGCCGCUGCCCCUGCGCUGGUGACGGCUCUGCUGGGGCUUGCAGUGAUCCCUUGGAAGGAGCCAAAGGCGACAGCCACCGACGCCGCACGGCGCAAGGGCGCCUGGUGGCCGGAGUUGGUGCACGGCGCCUAUGGUGAGCCGCGCUUUGCGGUGCCAGAGGAAUCCGUCACCAGGAUGAUCCCGCCCAUCGAGGGCGACGGACGGCGCUUGCUCACCAGGCUUCUGGAGUUUAGCUCUGCGUGCGCCCAGGUUCCGCCGGGCCGAAAGCAGAAAGUGGGGGACAUGCUCAUCCAGCGGAUAGUGUCACAGGAGAACCGGGCGGUGUGGUCCGCCUCCGUGGGCAGCGACCCGGUGAUGUUCGUGGCCUCGGAGGUGAUCAUCUCCACCUCGGAGCCCUUGGAAGCUGUGCUGUGGGCCAUCUACUCUGCAGAGGAGCGCAUGCAAUGGGACGGCGCUGCCUUCGCAGCCUACAAGGUCCUUGGGCAGCAGGUCCAGGCGUCCAGCGAGAGCCUCUGCGACUUCCUCUACUGCCGGGUUCCGCUGGUGCCAGGUGUCAAGGAUCGCGACAUGGUGCAGGAGCGCUUCCUGCUGAAGCUGCCCUCAAAUGCAGGUUACGCCAUCGCCAUUCAGUCCUGCAGCCCUGGUCAGUGUUCGGCUUUAAGGCUGGACCCCGUGCCCAGCGUGGUGCGCGCUCGCACCAUCCUGUCUGGGUACAUUCUGCGGCCGAACCCCGGAGGAGGCGUGGUGCUCACCGGGGUCUCGCAGACGGACCUCGGGGGCUACGUGCCGCAGUGGGUGCAGGGCCUGGUGAAGAAGGCGGGCAAGCGGAUGCCCGUGCAGUGGGCACAGAGAUUGGAGGACUACUGCAACAGCAAGGCGAGUGCCGGCACAAGAUGACAGGUACCCAUCGCUUCGCACG